AUGUCGACCGUCGGCACACCACCGCCCUCUCGGGCGUCUUGUGAGCAAUCACGCCAAACGCGCCUAAGCUUUGACUCGUUGGACACCGUGCUGCAUCAGCGUCAUUAUGGCCACACGACGCGCCGGGUACAUGAAGCGCGCGCACGAGCACGCGCGCGCCGUCGACGCCAGUUUGCCGGCUCAAGCAUCCAUCACUCAACUGAGACUGUGACACCUUCACACCAAAACCCUACUCGCCUCAACGAGUACUUUUUAGCCGCCCGCCGACUCCCUCUCAACCGCGUGAUUGGCCGACACAACGAGUACGCCUCUAUAGUCAGCGCCGAGACCCGCGCCCAUCAACAUUGGCACCCACUGCCGUACUCACUGCUCCUCUAUCGUGAUAGUCUGGUGGUGUUAGGUUUUUCCGCGUGUGGCCGGUACAUUAUUGCCUACCGGCUCAUUUCCCGCGAGCGAGGUGACAAGCUUCGCUUCAACGCCGCGGCACAUGGUCGACCCUUACCUUGUCGGAUUCUUAGCGCAUCAUGGCUCACGUCAUGA